CGUCAGUAAUGCCUGGCCUUGAGGAAAUAUAUCAAAAUGCUCCGAUCAAAUCUUCAAAGGUUAAAAUCCCUCAAGAACGGUGGCGGUCGGGUCAUGAGGUGCCCCACAUAUACAACAACCAGCGUCCAACAAGUCAUUCGGAGUCUCAAGACCACAGGUGUACUCGUACUAACCUGCUGCUGAUUUCGCUGUGUGUUUUACUGCUGUGUGGAAUCGUUGUUGUGGGUAUUCUCUAUGCCAUCAAAGAGAAGACCCUUCAGCAACCAAACCAUACAGGUCAGUGCUCUGACGGCUGGGAGCUCUGUAACGGCACCUGCUAUUACUUCUCUCAUGAUGCGCUGAACUGGACUGCAAGUAGAGACGAGUGUGUGACAGCUGGUGGACAUCUUGUGAUCAUAGACAGCAAAGAGGAACAGAUCUACAUUGCUCUGAAAAUAAUUGAUAGAGAUGGCUUCUGGAUCGGUUUGACAGAUUCUGAGAGGGAGGGACACUGGAAGUGGGUGGACAGCAGAAAUCUCAAAAUCAAGUUCUGGUACCAAGGCCAACCAAACAACUCUGGUGGAGCUGGCAACAAGCAUAUCUCUGGAGAGGACUGUGGCUUAGUGAGAGACGUGUCACAAGAACACAACUGACCUUAAGAUGACUCGCACACGAGUCCAUCCAGAGCCCAUCAGAACAGAUGACGACAGUGCAUCCACAUCUUCCUCUGGUUCCAUUCUUGAGCCAGUAUGGGAGCUGUGCCCUACAACGGCACCUCAACCUCGUCCCGCUCCCUCUACGCAGUCCAGGUUGGCUUUUACCGCGGAGGCUUCUGGCACCAAUGCACAACAUGUGCCAUGUGGAUGCCAAGCAGGAGUUCCGCUCCAGCUACACCUUGGGCAGAUAUUCCCUGGACCGUCAUCAGCCCACUGCUCAAACCCAUGCCCGGUGAUCAUCCCGUUCCCUGUUGUGCCAUGUCAUCACAGGGCAUCCAACGCUGCCCAUCCCCCACUGCUCUCCACUGGGCCUCAGACUGCCUCUCAAGCACAUGGGAGCAUAACACCAACUAAUCCAAAACCCACACAACCACAACCAUGUGCCAGCACUCAGCAGAAAAGACAGAGGAAAGCUAGAGGAUCCCGCUCUUCCCCCCUGGCUGUUGUAGACUCGUCUACCCGUCCCACUCCAACUGCGUCUGCUCCUGGGGUGAAGGAGAGGGACGAGGAGAAGGCCGAUGCUGCUGCUCGCCUGUUACAAGGCUCAGAGCUCACGUCACGUGAACAAACCUCCAAGAUGAAGAACAAAGGAAAAGAUGUCGCCGCUCAACCUCUGUCCAGUGGUUUAAAGCACACAUCAAAGGCUCCUCUUCGUAAUAACCAUGAGACAGCCACCACCCCGAUUUGUGCGGCCACUCUUAAACCUGCGGCUAGAAGGACUCGAACACAGUCACCACCAGCCAGAGCAGUGAUGGGUAAUAAAGCCGAGAGUGAAGGGGAGGAGAGUGACAGUGAGGACAGCAGCAGUGAUGAUGAGGAAGAUACAGCCCUGGACAAACUACCUCCAUCAGACAGCAACAGUCUCACUGCUCCCAAACCAUCCCACAUCACUGGGAACAUGGACGACCAGCGCCUCAUGUAUUUAAAGAAUUUGGUACUGGCCACUGAGAGGAAAGUGGAGUUGGUGAGAGAGCAGAAGAAAAAUAGAAAGGCGAUGUACAAGGAACACAAAGAACAGCUGGGAGUGAAGUGGAGAAUCUUCCGAGAAAGAAAGAAGUUCCUAAAGCCAGACCUGAAAAGAUGGAUAAAGGAAGAGCUGAGAAGGCAAAAUGAGGCCAUGUACAAGGACUGGAAGAGGCUCAAACGAAAGCUGAGACAAGAGAAAGCCGACCUGAGAGAAUGCUUGUACAAGUACAAAAAGGACCUCAAAGAGGAAGAAAAGAGGGAGGAACAGAGGCAGAGGGCUCUCGAGAAAAAACGUCGGGAAAAAGCAAAGGAAGAAAAAGUCCAGCAGAAAAAGUUACAAAGGGAAGAGGAGAAAAAACAUAAGGAGAGGCUUGCGCAGGAGAAAGAAGAGAAAAAGGCAGCGAUGGCGAGAGCACGUAUGGAAGAGAAAAGGAAGGAACAACUGCAGAAGGAGGAAGAGAAGAAGUUGAAGAAACAGCGUGAAGUUGAAGAGAGUAUGGCCAAAAAGAACAGGAGAACAACUGACAGAAUGAGCAGAUAUGACAGAAUGUGCUCCUGGAUAAGAAGCCAUAAUCCGCUGUGACUGUCUUCGCCCUAGAAGGCAGACGCAGGGAUGACGCUGCAAAUAAGAGAAGAUCUGUACUGGCAGCAGUGGGAAAAGGAAACGGGGGGCUCUUUGGAAAGGAAAUAGAGGGAGG